UAUGAACGGAAGUUGUUGUCAACAUUACUUUUCAAUGUAGUUUGUCACUGAUUGCAGCACUUUACAUAUAUAUUUAAAUCUAAAACAUAGAAGACGAAACGAGAGGUUGUAAGAUUAUUUUUUAUAUAUAUUUAUUUACUUGGGGUCGUUUAAUUUAAGUGUUAUUCUGUCUUUUAGUGACCCUUUAAUGGAUUCGGGCGUACGCCGAGCUGCUGAAUUAACAUUGUUACGAGUUUCUAAGCAAGAUAAAACAUUGGUCAGUCAGAUUUAAUGACAUUUUAUUGUGUCUGAGUUAUCAUUACGAUGUUAGCCACCGGCUGCCAGUGAUGUUUAGACUGAAUGGUCUUUUCAGAGUAGCACGCAGGGCUGUUUGCACCGCCGUCGAUGAAAUGGCGAAGGGCAAGUUCUUCUACGCUGUGAAGAAAGGAUUCAAACCAGGAGUCUACAGCUCAUGGGAUGAAUGUAAGAGCCAGGUGAACAAAUUUCCAUCAGCUUCUUACAAGAAGUUUGCCUCAGAGAAAGAUGCCUGGGCGUUCAUUAGAGGAGUGGACCUUUCUGCACCUCCAGAGGCGAAGACAGUGGCUCAGGCUGUGGAGUCAGACGUCAAUUUGCUUCCCAAAAGAGGCCCUGAACCUCUAGAAUACAUCCCUCUUGGUAAGAAGAGAUGUCACUCAGACAAGGAGGCGGAGUCCCAACCUAAACGAGUCAAAAAGUCAGAAAGCGUGUCUUCAGAAAGCGCAGAUGGUUUCACAUACAUGGGUGAUGCUGUUGUCGUUUACACCGAUGGCGGCUGCACGGGCAACGGCCAGCAUGGCGCCCGAGCCGGCAUCGGAGUGUACUGGGGCCACAACCACCCACUAAAUGUUGCAGAGCGGCUGGAGGGAAGACAAACUAACCAGCGUGCAGAAUUACAGGCAGCAUGCAAAGCGCUGGAACAAGCCAAAGAGAACAACAUAAAGAAGUUGGUUCUCUACACAGACAGCAAGUUUACGAUCAACGGUGUGACCAGCUGGGUGAACGCAUGGAAGCUGAAUGGCUGGAGGCUGAAAUCUGGAGGUCAGAUCACCAACAAAGACGACUUUAUGAAGUUGGACAAACUGAAUGCAGAGGUGGAGGUGGUCUGGCUGCAUGUUCCAGGUCACUCCGGCUACAGAGGCAACGAGGAGGCCGACAGACUAUCGAGAGAAGGAGCAGCGAAGCCUUUACAGCACCAGAGCGAAGAAAAGGGAUGAUUCUGAUCGAAGAGAUUUGCUGCAGGACUGUUCAUGUGUACUUUGGUUUGUAAGCCAGCUGACUGCUUUGAUUAAGAGGUUUGUUUUUCUUUCAACAGAGAAAACUCAGGAGGGGGUAUCUGUGUGUUUGUCAGUUAUUCUGUAGAUUUUUAAUUUGUGCUGCUGCUCUAAAUAAAGUUUGUGCUUCGUCUA